AUGGGUUUUAGACUUAUGAUUCUUAUGGCCAUGGGCUUAGGUGCCAUGUAUAUGCUGCAUUUAUUGGCUCAAGAUUGGAAUAAAAUCAGACGUCCUAUACCGCCAGCAGUUACCAGAUUGCUAACGGGUGCCAGUAAAAAUCUAGAUAAUUUUAUAACACGCGGCAAACGUGAUCUACAAGGACAACGUAGUCAACCAAAACGACGUAAAACUCACCAAGGUAAUGAAAUUAAGAGAAUUAACAGCACGGCUGUUACUAUCGAUUGGAAACGUAUAUUAUCGCGUGAUCCGUUUGAGUGUCUACAAUCAUUAGUUUGUCAACUUUUAUCGGGUGCCGAAAAGAACUCCCAUGAAGCUUUAAUGAUGUGUGAUUUUCUAGAGGAAAAUAUUAGCGUAGCACCUGCAAAAAUUGGACGUGCUUUUAGUCGUGGCUUAGCCUAUCGCGGCCGAACGGAACGUUGUUAUGAGGAGUAUCCAUUUUGUUGGUAUUCAGCUAAAACUAUGCUUAAGAUGUUAAAAUGGUUUUCCGAUACAGUUCAAAAUUAG